AUUUUAAGCUUUUCUAACUUUCCUUCUGAUGAAAUCAUUCCAAAUUCUCUGAAAACUACAAAGGUCUUCAAUUGUUGGGCUGAGAGAUUAAUCCUCCCCUUCGUUUUCGGAGGAGGAACUGGAGAAAAUCUAGCCCUUCUUUUUCUUCCCCAUUUCAACGCAAAGUAAGGAACUUUCAUUUUUCAAACUCUUUUUUUUCCCCCAAAUUUUGAUGGGUGUUUCUGUUUGGAUGCUGGGAAAAUUCGAGAGGGAAAAAGUGGCUCCAACUUUCUGAAGCCGGAAUUUUUGUGGGCCCUCAUUGAUCGCGAGGCCUGUCUCUCGGAAUCCCAACACGAUCUCGAGAAUUUAUGAGCACGAUAUCCCUUUAACCGAUACUUUGGUUGAAGGUGUGAGAUGCAUGGAUCCUACUAUUAAGUUAAUUUUGCUUCUGAUAUUCUUCAGCAUAGCAUGUGCUUCAACCACUGAAAAAAAUUUUGAACACUGUGAAAGGGUUGUAAAGGAUUGGGCCUUAUCUUCUCUUCAUCAAGGUAUCAACAAUGAUAAACAUACAUUAAAAGAUUUACUGUUCUUUCUACAUGUUCCAAGAACAGGAGGGCGAUCGUACUAUCACUGUUUCUUGAAAAAGUUGUACCCAAGCUCUCAAGAGUGUCCCCGUUCUUAUGAUAAGCUACGGUUUGAUCCCAGCAAGACGAAGUGCAGAUUGUUAGCUACUCAUGAUGAUUAUAGCAUGAUGGAAAAACUACAGAAGGAGAGGACUUCGGUGGUGACAAUUGUCAGGAAUCCAGUUGACCGGGUUCUUAGUUCAUAUGAAUUUUCAGUUGAGGUAGCAGCUAGAUUUUUGGUACAUCCUGACCUAGCUUCUGCAACCAAAAUGUCCAAACGUGUGCGUGCAAAGACAAAUGGAGUGAGCACACUGGAUAUUUGGCCGUGGAAGUAUUUGGUUCCAUGGAUGAGGGGAGACCUAUUUACUCGAAGAGAUGUUAGAAGACAGAAAGGUUCAAGUGAAGCUACAAGCGACAGUCCAUAUGACAUGGAGGACAUGCUUAUGCCACUAAAGGAGUUUGUUGAUGACCCCAUUGCUCAUGAUCUUGUUCAUAAUGGGGCUACUUUCCAGAUAGCAGGACUGACAAACAACUCCUACCUAGCUGGAGGACAUGAGAUACGUCACUGUGUACAGAAACACAGGAGUCUUGGUCAACAUGUUCUUCAUGUGGCAAAGAAGAGGUUGGAUGCUAUGUUAUAUGUUGGUCUAACUGCGGAACAUAAGGAAUCUGCGACGAUGUUUGCAAAUGUGGUUGGUGCACAGGUGAUUUCACAGCUAAGAGAGGCCAACUUUAGCAUGGACACUUCAGCUGACAAUCAAUCAGGUAAUAUCAGCUCUUCGCAUUUAGAUUCUGAGCUUGAGAGCAAUGUUGAUCAGAAUAAUAGUACCUUAGAUGAAAAGGCUACUGUCCAAGAUGAAAGUGAAGCAACGAGAGAAAAUAUGACUGUUGCAGAACUAAUUGAAGUUUAUGAAGGGUGCAUUUCAAGUCUACUAAAGACUCAAUCACGUCGUCGAAUUGCUUCUUUAAAGAGGAUUUCUCCUGCAAAUUUCUCAAAAGAGGCACGGCGUUCCAUUUCUGAUGAAGUUCUGCAGCAGAUUAGAACGCUCAAUUACUUGGAUAUGGAACUUUUUGAGCAUGCUCGAGAAAUCUUUGCAAUGAGACGUGUACUGAUGGGGAAUAUUGAUAUGAAAGAUGGAUCAGAAGGCAAAUUUGACCGUCUACGUGUGUUCGAGCUAUGGAAAAUUCCUUCAUUAGUAGUGCUUUUUAUCUUACUCCUUGUUCUCUUCGUAUUUGCGAACGCUCGAAGAAGAGUAUCUAAAGUUAAGGUAUAGUUGUUGAUUUAAUUUAUCCUCAAAGUGGGGAAGAAAGUCUAUGCAUCUGUUUGGAUUUUAAAUUUUUAAAUGAAUGAACAGUUUUGCCCAUCAAUCCUGUUUAAGGAAUUGUUUAUA